UCCCAGGCUCCCAGGACAGUCACACACUUGGCCUCUGUGAUGCUCUGUGGUCUGGCUGGGGGAUGGGGGUGUGCACAGUCCGAGGACACACUGGAAUAUUCAGGACGCGCUCCGUGGAAGCAGACCCAGCUGGAGGCGCAGCCUACCCCUACCACAAAGGACCCCUCAGGAAUGAAGCUGCUUUUGAGGUUCGGAGGAGCGGUGGACUCGCCUACUCUCCUUAAAUAGUCAAGCCUUCCUCCUGCGGCUACAAGGAGUCCACCUGGAGCACUGCCCACAGCCGACUCACAGCUCACCUGCUUCCCCCAGUCUCCUGUCCUUCCCCUCCUAAGCCAUCUGUAAGAGCCACACCAUGAACGGCCUGGAAGCAGCCCUGCCGAGUCUGACCGACAACUCCUCCCUUGCUUACUCUGAACAAUGUGGACAGGAGACGCCCCUCGAGAACAUGCUCUUCGCCUGCUUCUACCUUCUGGAUUUCAUCCUAGCUUUUGUGGGCAAUUCCCUGGCCCUAUGGCUCUUCAUAUGGGACCACAAGUCGGGCACCCCAGCCAAUGUGUUCCUGAUGCACCUGGCUGUGGCUGACUUGUCCUGCGUCCUGGUCCUGCCUACCCGGCUGGUUUAUCACUUCUCUGGGAACCACUGGCCCUUUGGGGAAAUCCCAUGCCGACUCACCGGCUUCCUCUUCUACCUCAAUAUGUACGCCAGUAUCUACUUCCUCACCUGCAUCAGCGCUGACCGGUUCCUGGCUAUCGUGCACCCGGUCAAGUCCCUCAAGCUUCGGAGACCCCUCUAUGCCCACCUGGCCUGCGCCUUCCUGUGGGUAGUGGUGGCUGUGGCUAUGGCCCCGUUGCUAGUCAGCCCACAGACUGUGCAGACCAACCACACAGUUGUCUGCCUGCAGCUGUACCGGGAGAAGGCCUCCCAUCACGCCCUGGCAUCCCUGGCUGUGGCUUUUACCUUCCCCUUCAUCACCACAGUCACCUGCUACCUGCUGAUCAUUCGAAGCCUGCGCCAGGGUCCCCGUAUAGAGAAGCACCUCAAGAACAAAGCUGUCCGCAUGAUUGCUAUGGUUCUGGCCAUCUUCCUGAUCUGUUUCGUGCCCUACCAUAUCCACCGUUCAGUCUACGUGCUUCACUACCGUGGCGGUGGGACAUCCUGCACCGCUCAGCGUGCCCUGGCCCUGGGGAACCGAAUCACGUCCUGCCUCACCAGCCUCAAUGGGGCCCUGGACCCUGUCAUGUACUUCUUCGUGGCCGAGAAGUUCCGCCAUGCCUUGUGCAACCUGCUCUGCAGCAAACGGCUCACGGGCCCACCUCCCAGCUUUGAAGGGAAAACCAACGAGAGCUCCCUGAGCGCCCGAUCGGAGCUGUGAGCCUCAAGGAGGUCCUGUCAGCAAGCCAGCUGUAGACUGUUGCAGGAGGACCAGCAUCCAGUGGGGCCUAUGCUACGAGAGCCAGCUAAAGGAGUCUGUCUUCCCUCACCACUUCCUGAGCAAACAGACUGAGAUGUCAGCAGCUCUCGCCCUGCUCCAAGGUCUCAGUGGCAAGGUCAUCCAGUCUGAGCAAAUCCAUCAAGAGGGGGGGGACUAACUACAGGGGUGCCCUGUCCACCCUUCCACAGGGACUGGGCUGGCCUGGCUUCUGUACAGCUCCCAGACACUCAGUGACUUCACUGGUGCUAAAUAGGGAAGAGAGCCACAGGGACAUUUCUGGAACAAUGGGAACCUUUCUUCCCUGCUAAACUUCCAGCUUCUUUCAUACUACAGAUGCCCACGGCAACAAAGCCCUACAGAAGAACCCAGAGAGCAAGCUGCCCAAGACCCAGGAAAAGAGGCAGCAAAAGCCUCAAUGGACCUAGAGGGGCGUCUAAUGUUUCCUUUGAAGUGCAUGGUAUAUUGGGUAUCGCUUACAGUGCCUUUGCCCCUCAAUCCCUUUCUGAGUUUAGGGGACACAGGCUCUAGUGGUAGACACACGUGAGUUCAUUUCAGACUGGUUGCUUGUGCCCCUCCUGCUGUAAGCACAUUCCCACACCUGCCUCCAUCCUGACAAUAUCUAGCGCUUCUCAACAGAAGGUAGCCUCGCCAGGCAAGUGGCGUAGAUGAUGAGAAGCCAUUAGAGCCCACUGCAGACAGGGAGCCAGAUGUGUGAACUUGUCUCCAGUUCACCCAAACUCAGAAGGGGCGUCCUGAGCCCCACUCCUUCCCAAGAGGUUUCUACCACCAUGGCUGCCUGGCUUAGAGCUGUUGAACUUGUCAGAGUGUGGAGACCGCUGCAACGUGUCCUUUCAUUGUGCUUGUUUGUACUACUCUUAAACAUAACCGAGCCCUAAGACGAAGGAGAUUAUUGUGCUGGCUCACCAUGACAUGGGAUGUCCUCCCCCUGAAAUUCUCUUCCCUUCCACCUAAGAAUGACCUCCCUUGCUGUAGUUCUGGUGGCCCACAUGGCCUAUCUGCCCCAGGAAGACCUGAAGCCAUGCAUCAUGGAGUUCCGAGUGCCACUCUAGCUUAGGAGGCCGCUCAGACUUCUCCCUCCAACUGUAGCCUGCCCAUCAGUAGAGAGACCCUAUGAUGACCCUGAUGCUCAGCACUGCGUCUCACCAGCACUGGCCUGCCUACCCCCAUGGCCCCUCCUCAAGACAGCCUGCUGAAUACAAGACCACGAGAGCCUUACAGAUGCCAGGACCAGCACGAGGCCAUGUGCCUCUCCACUGGAGCAGCAAAGAGGCAAGAUUGCUGUAGGCUGCGACAGGAGUGACAGGGGGAGGGCAAGCACCCAGCCAGGAAGGGCAGUUCUUAUGGGACUACCUUCCCGGCACAGGGGAUGGAGAGCACACUUGGGUCAGAGGAGGAGAAAAUUGCAGCUCUAUUUGGAACGUGUGUUGGGAUCUAAAAUGGAGAUGCCACACAGGCAGGGGAAUUGAACAAAGGCGAGGUCUGGGGGAGGCUCCUGGAUGGUGCCAUUGAGAGGUCCAAGACUUCAUCUUUAAGGGCAGGCAUGGACACGGGCCCAGAGAACACCUCUGCGCAGAGGAGGAGACUUGGGGAAGCUAGCACAGCACAGAGGUCUCAGUGGGAGAGGUGGGCCCUGAUGAGAGACCACUGGGGGGUCAAGGAGAGGACCUGGUGAUGCCAGGGAUGCCCUGAAAUGUACAGGUCAGCAGAUGUGCUGGGAAGGGGUCGGGGGCACAAAGGUGUUGCUGGGAGCUCCCCCAAAGCUUUCCCAUGCAAGUGGGAGAUGACGUCAUGGCUGCUGCGGAGGUGUGGAGCCCACAGUGACAGAGGCACGGGAAGAAAGGAUAGUAAGGCUUCCUGGAAGGGGAACUGCCAGAGUACCAGUGAGGCUUACAGUCCUGAAUAUAGAGUAAAUCGGGCAAGCUGGCUAAGGGGUCUCUCUCCAACAUCCUCCAGCCAUAUGAAUACAGGGAGGAAGGAGACCGCUGAGGUCAGCAUGGUGUGGCAGUAGCAGGUGCGAUGUCAGGAGUAAUCAGGAUCUGCCAACUUAAACCUCCUCAUCCGUCCACAGCCACUAGGCCUGUCUGUCCCCAACUCUUCUGCCUCCACUCUUAUCUACCCCCUCGGGGGCUGUGUUGUUCUCCCUCUACUAGGGGUAGAACAGUAGAGGGCGCUGCAGAGCCUACUUAGCAGGACCAUGGCGCUUAGUGUAGGGGCAAGAGCCCCUCCUCUCUGCCCUCGCCUGCAGCUGCCUCACCUGCCCGCGUUCUUCACAAAGCCCAGGUCAGCCAGCUCCACGUCACACAG